AUGCCUCACGCCAAAGCAUACGUAAAGCAGGCCGACAUGCUAGAGCAAAUGCAGCAGGAGGCAGUAAAUCAUGCCUACGAAGCCCUGCACUGCAACCAACAGUAUAUGGACAUUGCCAAGCAUUUGAGGAGCCAUUUCGAUCGCUGCUAUGGACCGUCCUGGAGUUGUGUUGUUGGAAAAGACUUUGGCACAAGCGGCACAUCCAUCAUGUCAAGUGGCGGAUAUGGGAGGAGUGAAGCUAAGGCAAUUAUAAAAGAGACAGACAUGCUGGAGGAGUUGCAGCAACAAGCUGCAAACUGCGCUUAUGAUGCCCUGCAACAUCAUCAGCAAUACAUGGAUAUCGCAAGAUACGUAAGAAAACAAUUUGAUGAUCUCUACGGACCUUCAUGGAGUUGCAUCGUGGGAGCGGAUUUUGGGGCGUAA